AUGUUUACUGCACCGACUUUCCUUGACAAGCCACAAGGCACCAGUUUAUUAAUUGCAGCAUAAAUCAUGCCGGGCCACAGUUCUUCAGGACCACAGACAGGCACACACAGAGCCAUGAGUGAGAUGUCUGAGGGAAAUCCCAUCAGGGAUGCCCUGAUCCAAUUGCGAUGUCACUUUACAUGGGAUUUACCAAGAGGAGACCUUGACUUACCUGAUUUAGAGGACAGAAUUUUGCAGGAGAUUAAAUUCCUGGGCACAAAAUUCAAUGUGGGAAUACAUAGCACAUUGGCCUAUGUAAAGCACCUGAAAAGAGAAAAUGAGGAAGCCUUGGAAAGCUUGAGAAAGGCUGAAGAAUUAAUCCAACGGGACCAUGCUGAACAAGCAGAAAUACAAAGCCUUGUGGCCUGGGGAAACUAUGCUUGGAUCUAUUAUCACAUGGGCAGACUCCCAGAAGCUCAGACUUACCUGGACAAGGUGGAGGCAAGUUGCCAGAACCUUUCAAGUCCCUCCCGCUAUAGAGUGGAGCUUCCGGAAAUUGACUGUGAGGAAGGGUGGGCCCUGCUCAAGUUUGGGGGGAGGUAUUAUGAAAGGGCCAGAGUCUGUUUCCAAAAAGCCCUGCAAUCACAGCCAGACAACCCUGAAUUUAACACUGGAUUUGCGAUUGUGGUGUACCGUCUGGAUGAAUUUUUCCGAGGAGAUCCUCGUAGCAUUUCUCUGGAACCCCUAAGACGGGCAGCCAUACUCAAUCCAGAAGAUGCUUAUAUUAAGGCUCUUCUUGCCCUGAAACUUCAGGACCAAUAUCCAGAGGAGGGAGAAAGGUACAUCGAAGAGGCUUUAAGAGCCAGGUCGUCACAGCCCUAUGUCUUUCGCUAUGCAGCCAAAUUUUACCAAAAAGGCUCCCUGGAAAAAGCUCUUCAUUUCUUAAAACUUGCUUUGCAGGAAAUACCAACAUCUGCUGUCCUACAUCACCAGGUGGGACUUUGCUAUAAGGAUCAAAUGCUUCAGAUAAAAAACAAGCCUGAAAUGAGAGUACUCUUUGACAGACAAAUUAAAUUAGCCUUGCAUCACUUUAAGAAGGCAAUCGAGUACAAGCCUAGGUUUGUGUUGGCUUAUAUAAAUUUGGCCAAGAUGUAUGCAGAAGAUGGUGACUAUACAAAUGCAGAAGAAAACUUUCAGAGCGUAUUACGGAUGGAGCAGCUUGAGGAUGUGAGAAAGCAAGAGAUCCACUAUUAUUAUGGCCGCUUUCAGGAAUUUCACAGGAAGUCUAAGGAUAAUGCCCUUACUCACUACUUGGAAGGAUUACGUGUAAAAAAAGAGACAUAUGUAAGGACUUUUCUUCUAAAUGCUGUGGAGAAACUAGCUAAAAAGCAACUUCGUCAAAAUAGGGGCGACAUGGAGUAUUUGCUUCUCCUGGAUUUUGUCCGUGAGGAACGUAAGAAAUCACAGAAUUGUGAAGCUCAGAUGAGAUCCUGGGAAUGA